AAACUCCCACGUGUCUACCACAUAAGCUAACAGCUGUCACGAUUAUUUAAAUGAAAAAAAUAUCCAAUCAAAAGUUCCACCAACAAUCUCUAGAACCUUCUUCUCAGCUCACAUAAAAUCCGAUCACUCUUCCACUGAACUCCGAUUUCAGCAAAAAUCUCAAAAAAAUCACCAAAAUCAAAGUGAAUUUUCAUCUGAUAAUGGAAGGCGUGAAAUUGGAAGUAGUUGAAGACGACUGCAUUAUCAUCACCGCCACCGCCGCGGCGUCGCCGUCGUCGUCAUCGUCGUCUUCCCCACAUCCGAUGGAGGGUUUGCACGAGGUGGGGCCGCCUCCAUUUCUAACGAAAACUUUCGAAAUGGUGGAGGAUCCGUCGACCGAUUCGGUGAUUUCGUGGAGCAGGGCGAAGAACAGCUUCGUUGUUUGGGAUUCUUACAAAUUCUCCACAGCUCUGCUUCCCAGAUACUUCAAGCACAGCAAUUUCUCCAGCUUCAUUCGUCAGCUUAAUACAUAUGGUUUUCGGAAAGUGGAUCCCGAUAGAUGGGAAUUCGCGAACGAGGGGUUUCUAGGAGGGCAAAAGCAUCUCUUGAAGACCAUCAAAAGAAGAAGAAACGUCGCCCCAAGCAGCACCACCCCACAAUGCAUAGGAGGAGGGAGUACUACUAUUACAGAGCUAAUAAAUGAAGAAGAAGAAAUCGAGAAGCUGAAACGAGACCGGGAUACAUUAAUGGCGGAGAUUAUGAAACUCAAGCAACAGCAGAAGAGCUCAAAGGAGAGAAUGACUGCAAUGGAAGAGAGAAUUCAAACCACGGAAAAAAAGCAGCACCAAAUAAUGAGCUUUCUUGCUAAAGCAUUCAGAAGCCCCGUUUUCGUACAGCAAUACGUGCAAAAGAAGGAAGAGAAACACAUUGAGAUAGGGCAGAAGAGGAGACUUACGAUGAGUCCGAGUGUGGAGAGUGAUUUGCAGGAAAUGAUUAAUGGAGACGAUAUUAAUAUUGAGUCGAAGGUCGAGAGCUUUCUUUUGCCUGAGGAAGUGCCGUUUAGCGGCGACCUAAACGACGCUGGUUUGAUCAAUAAUAAUCAUAUCGAUAAUAAUAUAUGGGAGGAUUUUUUAAGUGACGAUUUUUUAGUUGGCGGCGAUGAGGUGGAAGAAGCCGUCUUGCCGGACGAAGUGGAAGUGGAAGAAUUGGUUGAGAACACACCGGAAUGGGGUGAGGAUUUACGUGAUCUUGUUCAUCAGUUGGGAUUUUUAUAGUUAAGUUUUGUGUGUAUCAGCUAUAUAUAUAUUGUUUGUUGUAAUGAGAGAGGGUCAAGAACAAUUGAUCUCAUUGAUUUGUAUCAGUUGUGAGGUUCUGAUUUGAUAAAAAAAAUAUUACAAAUA